CGUGCUGCUAGCGUGGGCAUUCUGGCUUCAUUGACUUGCGCAGUGCAAAUGCGCAGAACACAUCAUUCAACAGCUUCGCGUGACACGCGAGAAAACAUGUCUCUUUUAUGGAUCGAUAAUCCACACGUAUAUUAAAUAUAUAGAUUUUUAUGUAUCUUAUUCGCGUAAAUAAAUGUGCCAUCGCUUAUAAUAAUAAAAUUAAGAUUGUUUCAGUGGGGACAAUUAAUUAAUUGAUCGACUAUAUUAUUAUUGUAAAGUAAUCGACAUGGCUGGACAACAACAUCCUUUUCUAUCUGGGUUUCCCAAUGUACAGCAAUCAGCUAUGCGCACUCAGUUUGGCGGUGGACAAAUGGUCUCUGGUUUAAUAGGUCCACAGCAAGGAAAUAUGGUAAGCUCUCAGCAAUUUGGUAUGGGAGUGGGAGUUGGAGUAGGUGUUGGUAACGUUGGCUCUAAUGCCAUGGGAAUGCCAAAUUCUCAACAAGUAUUGGCACAGCAGCAACAACAACAACACUCCAUUGCGAUGCAACAACAAAUGCAGCAGAUGCAGCAGCAACAAUUGCAAUUGCAACAACAACAACAAGCUGCCAUGGUUCAACAGAAUAAUCAAACUAGUAAUCAAGCGACAACACCUCAAACUCCAGUCCCACCUACUCAACCACCGAUGCAACAGCAACAAACUAAGGAAGUCAAUACUGCCAGCUUAUGUAGAUGUGGACAAGAAACAGUACAAGAAAUUGUCAACCGUACUUCAGAACUCUUUCAAUUUCUUAAAAUGCUCCAACCGCCUAAUGGUACAGCACAAGGGGCAAAUAUGGCAAAUGAGAAAAAGAUUAAGAUUUUUGAACAGUUGAAAAUAAUAAAAAUGAUGUUUAAACGUUUAAGAAUAAUAUAUGAAAAAUGUAACGAGAAUUGCCAAUUGCAAGGCAUGGAAUAUACACAUAUAGAAAGUUUAAUUCCAUUGAAAGAGGAAUGGGAUAUGAAAUCUGAUGAAAAGAAGACUUCGGAAGCUUACAGACUCAUUUGUGAAGAGAGCAAAGAAGUGAUAGAGCAAGUGGUAUUAAAAAAUAGGCAUAUUAAAGAAAUAAUAGAUCACUUAAGACGGAUUAUUUCAGAAAUAAAUACAAUGUUAAAUAUGCGUCGCUCAUAAUUCAUUAUUUCAAAAAUUUGAAUUUAUGUUAAUAUGCGACAUAAUGUUUUGAUUAUAAAAACGUAUUUAAUAAUAAAAUGCAAG